CAUACUCUAGAUAUCCAACGCACGCAAAGUUUUCAGAUGAGAUGGCGUCACUAAAAGUUCAGAAACUUCCCAAGGGUUACUUAUUUUCAUCAGAAAUAAUCCAAGCCAAAUUAGUUGCAGAAGCUGUUGUUUGUGAAAUUGGUUGUGGUAGCGGAAUGCAUACGUGUACAUUAGCACAGUUGUAUCCAGCAUGUGAAUUCUAUGGCAUUGACAUUUCCGAGAAGACCAUCGCUGCCGCUCAGACUCGAGCUCUUGAGAUGAAACUCUCAAACGUCACUUUCCUCCAAUGCGACGCAUCCAAUAUGGCGGAUGAAUGGAAAUCAAAAUUCGACAUCGUCUUCACCAUGGAUGUGGUACACGAUCUACCUCGACCUGAUCUCGUUCAUUACGAGAUUAUACGCAUUAUGAAAGAUGAUGGUAUAUACAUUAUGGAGGAUCCAGAUUACCAUAGCAACCAUGCCGAUAAUAUUGGUAUUCCACUUGCUGCUCUGAAUUACACUUGGAGUUUGUUUCGUUGCUUGGCAACAUCUUUGUAUUUUGACAACAGUUUUGGUCUAGGAGUAAUGUGGGGAAGGGAACGUGUGCUAGAAUUUUUAGAAAAGACAGGAUUAGAAUGUUUUUCGAGUUAUUCUUUAGAUAAGACAGAAAAUAUAAUAUAUCUAUCGAGAAAGAAAAUGAGCGGUGAUUAAAUAUUAGUUUUGGUGUAAUC